CCUAUGCACGCCGCUCCUGCCAGCGGAGACCAGGCGGAUGUACGGAUGGCUCGUAUUUCUGUUGACUUUCACAUGAUGUUGUUGCGUGUUGCGGUUUGCUCCUUAUUGCUCAUCCCUUUGCCCUCCUCCCGGCCCCGUGUGUGAUCGGACAGACUUUAGGUAAAUGUCCUGAGUUUGAGAGCAGCCAAUCCAUGCACGCCGGACUGAUGCGGGCGUUGAAGGCGCGUUGAAAAUCUCCAUCUGUGCCCAGUGAGAGUCGACUGGAGCUGUCUGCCUGGUCCUUCUGCACUACUAUGACUCUGAGUGUUUGAAGAUUUUACAUUCUUUUUAUUCGCCAUCGCUCCUAAGCUCACUCGGUUCCUCAAUGGGUUCGCGCAGCCAAGGCUUCUUCACCAACCAUCACCACCACCACCACCACCACCGUAGCUCCAUGGUGCCCGCUACAGUGCCAAGACUGCUGCCGGAGAAUGGUAGCCUGCUGGGAGGCAUUGCACAAAUCACCCCCAACCUGUUCCUCAGCAGAGGGAAUGUGGCAUCCAACCGCAGUCUGCUCCUGUCCAAAGGAAUUACCUGUGUGGUCAACGCCACUAUCGAGCUCCCCAACUUUAACUGGCCUCACAUGGAGUAUGUGAAGGUUCCCCUGGCGGAUAUGCCCCACUCCCCUAUCUCCUUAUACUUUGACAGUGUGGCUGAUAAGAUCCACAGUGUUGGCCGGAAGCGGGGGGCCGUGCUGGUGCAUUGUGCGGCAGGUGUGAGCCGCUCAGCCUCUUUGUGCUUGGCGUACCUCAUGAAGUAUCACCGCGUGUCUCUGGCCGAAGCCCACGCCUGGGUCAAAGCCCGCCGGCCCGUCAUCAGACCUAACGGAGGCUUCUGGCGUCAGCUUAUCGAAUAUGAAAGGAAGCUGUUUGGCAGAAACUCUGUUAAGAUGGUGCAGACGCCUUACGGGGUCAUACCUGAUGUUUAUGAGAGGGACCGCAGGAGCCUGGCCCCGUACUGGGGCCUGUGAGAGCAUCUGUGCCACCUGGUGAAGGGUUGAGGAGGAAUGUAAGUGAAGACAAGCCCUUUUGGCCUUCUGGACUGCAGGUACCCGUGUGUUCCCACAGCCAGACCGGUGAAAAGAGAUGUGUGUGAGUGUACAUCUUCGUGAAGCUUAUUUAAUGAAUACCGGUGCAUUCAGACAAAGGGAUCAGACCUGGUUGUUGAUGGUGCUGCUGUUUGUACAACCAGUUGUCCCCCCACCUCCAUUUUAGUUUUUGAGAGGGAGUAAGGCAACUUCAAGCCCAGAAUCCUUAGGACCAAAAGGAUCGAUUGGGACCACAAUGAUGUCAAACACCAAAAUUCUCAGACUGCGGUAGUCUGUGCUUGUCUGUCUAUUCAGUUCCAGAGGAGGAGGAGGAGCAUUUUGGGAAGGUGUUAGCUGUACUUGAGACUCCACAGCUCUGACAGUGAUGUGACUGAAGUCCUUUUCCUGACGUGAUGUCAUGUGGUGGUAUUGUGCCAGUUUUGCAAUUAUCUUUGGUGUGAGGGCCAACAGCAUGCUCUCGAUUUAUGGUAGCAUAUAAGUGUACAGAAAAAAACAUACAUAGACAAAUUAUUUUAUUGAAAUGUAGUGAGGAAACAAUGAUUAUGGCACACCUUACCUGAACAUUUAAAGAUGUUAUUAUAUCUACCUUUUUAAGGUAAACUUGUAAAAGAUAAGUAAAUAGUCGCUGUUUAGGGAAAGCUCCUGUGUACCACAGGGUUGACUGUUCCAUCCUGUGACUACACUAUCUUAUUGUAGUGCUCUUUGAUGCUGUAUUAAAAAAAAUGUGCAUUGCCACUAGGGAAGUGGCAGCUCUAUGACAGGCGCUUGGAAUAUUUUUAAUCCCACUGUUUGUUGCCUUGUGUCCAUAUUCAGAGAAAGUUCCAGAAAUGCAGUACAGAAAACAAACCUUUUCUAUUUCUGUUCAACAAGCUUACCUUAGUGGUGCAGCAUACAGUGACAUCACACACAUUUUUUUCUUUGUCUUCGAGGGGUUGAAAUUGUAACUUUGCUGCAUGUGUUCUCCACACCUUGUACACAAGUGUUAAGCACUGUCGUUGCCGAGGUGACACAAAACACACUGGUACUCUAACAAAACCGAAAAAAACAUAAGGGUAAACAUUAGUGAACAAAUGUACCAAUUCCUGCAGCAGUACUAAACAAUGUUUUACUUACACAGUUGCUGUGAUGUAUCUUGGCCUGAAGCAUUUCUUUUCUAUAAUUAUAACUACCUUGCAGUGAUACUAUUGUUGUAUCAUUGGCAGUGAAUACAUCAUGUUGAUUUAGUAUUCUAAAUGACUGAUACUUAUUACUGCACUUAUUUUCGCAGAACUAAAUCACUUCAGGGGACAGAAAAGUGCAACAGAGUUAACAAUUUCAACCCUCAGAAAUCUGUGCAACAAUGCUUUUUUGCCAUAACGAUACAUUAAGUGUGAUACUAUGAAAAUAAAAAUCUUAACAAGGUUAGGGGUAAACAAUUGUAGCAGGAGAAAGAUGUUAUGUCUUGAAUGUUGUCUGUAAUCUGACUUUUAUGCCCCGAGACAGCGAUAUUAAAACAAAUGAGCUCAUGUCAACUUGUGUUAAAAUUUGAUAGAAAAUAAAUCUGUAACACCCAAUA